AUGCCUUCUCCAUCUGAAGCGCUUCUCCGAGCGCCUUUGAGCUAUUCCCAUACACUAGACGAGUAUGAAUCGUUUGAUGUCACUGGACCCAUUGGGCGCGAGUUCCCCAAAGUGCAGUUGAGUGAGCUAUUGAAGGACGAUGCAAAGAUUAAAGAUCUCGCAAUUUUAGCGUCGCAGAGAGGAGCACUUUUCUUCCGAGCCCAAGACAUCAGCAAUGACCAGAUGAAAGACCUGGGAAACAAACUCGGGGAACUCACCAACAAGCCUUCGGACUCGAAGCUGCACCGCCAUGCAUUGAGCAGCAAGGACAACGUGAAGAACCACGAUGAAAAUGGAAAGACAGAUGAGGAGGUGUUUUUCGUGUCGUCAGUGCGAGAAAAAGAAAACCACCGUAACAGAUUCGACGCACCCCUCCCCAAACUAGCCAGCUACCUCUGGCAUUCCGAUAUCUCCUUCGAGCAUAUCCCCGCAGAUUAUGGCGUUUUGAAAAUGGCUGAGAUGCCGAACGAUGUUGGUGGCGACACGAUUUUUGCCUGCGCAUACGAGAUGUACGACCGCAUGUCUCCAUACUGGCAGAAGCUGUGCGAUGGAUUGACAGCGACACAUUUCCAGCCGGUCUUUUCACGCGUGUUGCAACAAUCGAAAGAUCCGCUGAUUACCGAAAACCGCGGUCAUCCAGAGAAUACAGGACUUGACUUCAGUGCUACACAUCCAGUAGUGCGAACGAAUCCUGUAACCGGAUGGAAACACCUUUUCGCUGCCGGUCAACAGAUCCACGAUGGGAAGAUCAAUGGUGUAACGGAUCGGGAGGAAGAAAUGAUGAAGCAAUACUUUCUGCAACUCAUAACAGAGAACCACGAUCUACAGUGUCGCUUCAAAUGGGGAGUAAACGACAUAGUCGUAUGGGAUAACCGUUCCACCUUCCACAGCGCGACCAAUGAUUACAAUGGAAAGCGCAAACUAAUCAGAAUUACCUCGAUUGGCGAGAGACCGUACUUGGAUCCCAAUUCACUGUCCAGGGCUCAGGCCUUGAAGAAGGAAGAUCCACUGCUUCAAGUUGUAACGCCUCCAGCUGAACCGGAAGAGCCUGCUCAGGGUAGGAAGAAGAGACAGAGGGUAGUUUAG